CACAGUACAGUGAUUACUAGCGGCCUGCAGAUUCAGAUCGGAUGCCAGACGGAUAACAAUUUGUCGGUUAAGGCCAACGAGUAUAUACGAGCACCUCAGGUCACGCUGUCACUUCCCAUCACAAAAGAGACGAUAAAACUGUUCACUCUAUGGGGCGGCCUUGUCUACAUCAUUUUACCUAAAGGUGCCAAGCUCGGUCAGUUCAGCGUUACCGUGCACGGUGUACAGAAGGCUCCCUACUUCCAGAAAGGGAAGACAAGCCUCUCUGACUGGCGUGACACUAUACGUCAUUACCCGGCACCCUGGGCUGAACUGGCAGCAGACAAUGUCAUACUGAGUGUGCCUACUGAGAACAUAUUAUCUUUGGACAACCCUGAGGAGCUGCUUCAGUUCUGGGAUGAAGCUUUGGCUAAAGUUGCAGAAUUGGCAGCAAUACCCGGUCACCCACACCCAGAGAGAAUAGUUCUUGAUGUGCAAAUCCCUGGAGGUUCUAUGCACAGUGGUUACCCAAUAGUGAUGACACAUGCAGAUAUGAACACUCUUUUGGAUUUAAAGAAAAUAAAGGAUUUUGGGACCUGGGGAAUAAUUCAUGAACUAGGUCAUAAUCAGCAGAAGAGUGGCUGGAAUUGGGAAGGAACAAACGAGAGCUCCAACAAUCUGUGGUCAGUGUAUGUUCAUGAGAAGGUGGUCAAAGUAUCCUGGGAGACAGCUCAUCGCCAACUAAACCCAUCACGCAGAGAACAGAGGAUUAAGGACUAUCUUAAAGAUGGAGCCAACAUUAAAGAAUGGAAAUUGUUUGUUGCUCUGGAAACCUACCUUCAGCUGCAGGAAGCCUUUGGAUGGAAACCGUUCAUAGAGCUGUUUGGUGACUACCAGAAAAUAAAAUAUGAGAAUACAGACGAGUACAAGAGGAAUCUGUGGGUCGAGUUGUUUUCUCAGAAGGUGAAGAAGAACCUGGUUCCUUUCUUUAAGAUGUGGGGAUUUCCGAUAACAGCUGCUACUUCUGAUAAAUUGUCAGCUCUGCCAGAGUGGAAGGAAAACCCAAUGAAGAAAUAUGUAGAGAAAUAGGAAACUGUUGGUGAUUUUUUAAUUUUUACAAAAUAAAUCCUAUACAUUUAUAUUAUCUAGUCAGGUUGCAAUUACAAUCAACUAAUUGAUAAGACCCUAUAGAUAUUUUUUCUUAUCAAACAGAAUACAUGUGAUUCUGAGUCUCUAUAAAGACAAAUAAAGUCAUAGUCAGCCUUACAAGACAGCAGUUGCCUGCUAAAUGUAUAUUAAUAGCAAUCCUGCCUAUAUAGUAAACAAAGUCUGAAACCAGAGGCCCAUCUGGUCUGUGCAUGGUGUAAAGUGUAGCAAAAAUGAAAUUGCAGUCAGAUAAUACACUGAUCACAAUCCAUUCACUGAUUUGUUUUUAUUGGGUUUUCAGUAGAUUUGGGGCUUUUCUCCUUGACAAAAAUAGCUCAAUUUGUUACAAGGAGCUGCAAUUUUACACCUGUGAGGUCUUGAAAGCUUAUGGAAUAAAAAAAAAACCAACAACCAUGAUUUCGUUGGUCCAUUAAAAGGUAUCACAAUCUACUAAAAGAAUAAUCAAUUUUCUUGAUAUUUUUCAACAGGUUUUCAAGACCAAUUUAUGGAAUUCAACCCUUAAAGGGACAUGCUACCCAAAUGUUAAAGCAAAUGAAACUGAUGCCGCUGCGCUGCAUAGCUCUAAAAAUCUGACUAGAAAAUAUCACCUGAACCUCUCUAUAUAAAAAAGGAAGACAUUUCACCUCAAUAUUUCCCCAGUAGCCACAUCCCAUUGUAAAGGGACUUUAAAGGGACAGUCUGCUCCAAAAAUGGUAUUGUUUAAAAAGAUAGAUAAAGCCUUUGCUACCCAUUCCCCAGCUUUGCACAACCAAAAAUGUUAUAUUAAUUUACUUUACACAGCAAGACUAAGCUAGUUAAUGUGUGGCAUGUAUAUAACAUUGUGCUCACUGCUGUGGAGUUACAAAUGAGACCCCACUGACUGGCUAAAAUACAAGUCGUAAACAGCCCUGAGAUAAGGGGGCAGUCUGCAGAGGCUUAGAUAACUGUGUUGGUUUUACAAAGCUGGGGACUGUUUAAAAAUAUAGAUAAUACCUUUAUUACCCAAUCACAAUUUUGGAGUAUACUGUCCAUUUAAGAAGCAAAUCAGGAUGCUUGUCCCAGGACUUACAAGGGACUGUGCAUCUGGCAUGUGCAGGCACAGUCAUGUUUUCUGUUUAAGGAUGUUUACUAUGAAAUGUCAUGAGAUCGCUGUAAAGUAAAGCAUGAGCUCAGCACUGAUGAAGCUGAUUGUCUGCUGUUCCUUGCAGCUGAACAGUAGCUGAAGUAUAAGUUCAUAGAGCACUUACGCCUGUGAGCUGAAGACAUUUUGAGGUAAAAUAUAUUUGUUACAUAAACAUGUGCAGGGGAUAAUUUCUUGUCAGCUUACAGUUAUAUGAGUAUUAUAUCCCUUUAAAGGCACUAGAUUAAAUCCCAAACUGACUUUUUGAGAUAUUUGUAAGGCUUUUAAGACAAAUUGAGAUAAUUCUGCUAUAUUGUGCGUGUGGAACAGACUCUGAAAUUGCCGCAGUCUAAACUUUAGAGGUGUAUUUGUUUACAGACGGUGUAAAUUCAUUAAAGCUCUAUUCAUUUAUAUUUUAUAAACUGUGGUGCUCUAGAUUUAUUGUGCGCAUGAUAUAGCAAUAUCACGGCCAUGUUAGUGUGUGUGCGUGUUCCAAGUAAACCCUUUCGCUCGAGCACAGUCUAAUUUAACGUGUGCCGGGCUAGCGUGACUCAAGACCUCAUGUAAAGGGAUAAAAUAAAAGUUGCACAAACACGACAUAAAUAUAUUCAAAUAAACAUUUACUUUCAUACAAACACUAUCUGAUAAAAAUUAGACAAAUAUUACUACAAAAUAUUUAUAAGGAUUCAAAGGAAUAUGGUACAUGGCCAUGCACUACAUUUUAUGCAAGGCCUUCAGUCGCACUAACCCAACGAGCGUAAAAUGCGAUUGCACUCUUGUGAUCACGUUUGCUUUCUAAUGGUAAUAUGUGCACUUUUUCCGAUAUGCGCAAAAAGACAAUAAUGCUUGCAUGCCACUUGUAAUCUACCCCAAUGUAAAGUUUUAAUAUUUGAAGUUGUGCUACAGUAGGUGCCCUCCUAAUGAAACAAGCAACUCUGCCAUUCCUUAAAGGGACCUUUAAAGGGACACUAAACCCCAAAAAUUAUUUCAUUAUUAAAGUAGAAAUUACAAUUUUAAACAACAUUCCAAUUUACUUCUAUUAUCUAAUUUGUUUCAUUAUUUAGAUUCACAUGGGUGAGACAAUCGCAUGAGGCAUCUAUGUGCAGAAACCAAUCAGCAGCUACUGAGCCUAUCUAGAUAUGCUUUUCAGCAAAGUAUUUCAAGAGUAUGAAGCAAAUUAGAUAAUAGAAGUAAAUUAGAAAGUUGUUUAAAAUUGCAUGCUCUAUCUAAAUCAUGAAAUAAAAAAGUGGGUUUCAUGUCCCUUUAAAGGCUAACGGAUGCAAACCCAUUUAUGUUCUAUGGAGCUAAGCUUGCAACUCUAAGGUUCAGCACCUUUUCUUUGUAAAACGUUAGUAUCAACCAGUCGCCUGGCACUCUGGGAGAUAAAUCUUACUAUCUCCCCCAUUGUGUCACUGGUUAUAUGUACCCAAGUGAUAUUAACGUUCUGUAAAUCAUAAACUGCUCUCAAACCAUUAACUGUUUAAUGUAUUUUCUUCUGCUUUAUGACACACUUGGCAUAUUCCUGUGCUGAUGUUUGGCUGGCAAUGACUUCACUUCCCUGUAUAUCUAAUAAAGCUUUUACUAAAUCUAUUAAUACAA